AUGUUAUUCUGCAAAGUUACCAAUCAGGACCAUAACCUUUUCUACAAUGGGUUUUCUUUUUCACAAAACUAAGAAUAAUUGUUGCAAAUUCCGAGUUGAUUUUCUCUAGAAUACAAAUUGUUUCUUUUUUGACCAAAAACAGUCUUACUCAUAUUAUUUUCCUUUUCCCCACUAGGAUAUGUGAGUAACGAAGCACUAAAAUCCAAUUAUUUUCCAACUUUUAUUUAUUUUCUAUUAAAUUUUCUCCACUGCUAUAUUUGUAUAAGUAUAGAAGAAGAGAUCAAGAGAGUCAAGAGAAGAGAAUCCUACCACAGAGUUUCAACAGUUGGUUUAAGUUACAAGUCUAACAAAGCUAGGGCUGUCAAUUGGUUGGGUGCCCAUGGGUGUGACCCAGUCCAGACUGUGUUGGGUGGGUGUUGGGUGAACCCAUAACUUAAUGGUCCAGUUGGGCUACAAAACCGAAUUUGCCCAUGGAUAGUUUGGGCCAAACCAAUUGGUCACUGGGUUAACCCAAUACAUUAAAAAAUUAGGUUUUUUAAUUUUGGGGAAAAAUCAGAUUUUUCCAUUUUACGAUUCCCCGAUGAAAAAUCUUCUUCUCGCGAUGAAAGAUUCUUGAGGCUUCUCUGCAUCUCGAUUCGUCUUCUCCAACCAUGAUUUCUCUGGCCUGAACCAGAUUUCUCCAUUCUCUGCAUCUGACUUCUUCUUCUCGCGAUUUCAGCUUGCUUUAGUUCAUGACCGUUGUUCCUUCUCAAGGCGUUGAGAACGUUGGAGUAUCAACGUUGGAGUUUUGGAGUUUUGAGAAGUUGCUGAAUCAGACCCUCUUAAGCUAAUCAACAGUUGACGAUGGUUUUAGGCAAACAAAUAGUAAAUUCUUAAGUGGUCAAAGAAAUCAACCAAAAAAUGGAAGCGAUAGACUUGAAUGAUGAUGGUCAGAAUGAUUUGAUGGAUGAAGAUAUAGAAGAUCAUGAAGUUAUUGAGAUUUCAGAGGCUAACAGAGGCACGCCACCAAGACAUGCUCAGUCACGCCGUAGAGCUAGGUUGUGGUUAAAGUUUACUAUAAUUGGAGGACAGCGGCCUGAUGGUAAAACCACAGAGUGGAGAAGGAAAAAGAGGAAGAGAGUGGAGAGUCCACAGACUUGACUAGAGAUAGUGGAGAGAAGGCAUAGCGGAAUAACAACUGAGAUGAUGGAUGGAAGUUACAACAACCGUUAGAGAUAUUCAGGUUCAUGAGCUCCAUUUUUAACUUUUGUUUACAUACAAGUUAUGAGGCUUGAGUUGAAGACUUGCUUCAGGCUGAGGACAAGUAGAGAAGCUGGAAGCUGAGAAGAAGUGAAUCAAUAAAUCAGAGAGUUAUAUUUUUUUUUUUACAUAAAACAGAGCUAUCAAAACCUUAAAAUUGUAUCCACAUUUUUUUACAUCAUAUUUGUAUUAGAGGUGAACAAAUACAAAUUAAACAUUCAGCAGAUUUGAGAGAUAAUUUUUUUUACAUUAAAUUGGGCUUAAACAGAAUUGCUAAUCAUGGGAAAGCUUGGGUUGGCCAUAUGGGUGUUGGGUUAAGUUGGGUGUGGGCUAGAUAGGGUGUGGGCUAGAUGUGGGUGUGGGUGUCUUGAGACCAAGAAAAACAAAUACCCAUUGGGCAUACCCAUUUGGGUGUGGUCCAACCCAACUGACACCCCUAAACAAAGCCUCUUCACACAUACACACGUCUCUCCCAAGUCCCAACAACCAAUCAUCUCCAUCAGCUCAGCCUAACUUCUCGUUUCCGUUGGUUUUCUUGAAAACUCUCUCUCUCUAUUUCUGAAUAUCUUCAAACUAGCCGCCGGUUCAAGAAACUUCAGGAAGAUGUCUUCCAUGUUGGGUUGUUCUAGUGGCACCGUAGCGAUCGCAACCGCCAUGGUUUUCUCAAGCACUGCUCUGUUUCUCGCGAUGGCUCGACAGUUCCAUGGGAAGAUUCAUGAUCAAACUCCACCACCGAUACUCCGUUCAUGUCUAUCUUCAGAGGAAACGAAGAAGCAGAGGAAGAAGAAGAGAGUUCGCUUCGCGGGGAAUGUGAAAGAUACGAAAGGGAACGGGAAAGAGUACCGGAAGAGGGAAUUGAGCAGGAGAACCGUACCGGAGCCAGUGACUAAACCGGGGAAGACCGGUUCAGUUUGUGGAAUAUCAACGAUGCCAGCGAACCGGAUGGCUCUGUAUCAUGGGAUUCUCAGAGACAGAGAUCACAGGACUCAAUGCUCUUAUUGACUUUUCUUCUUGACCAAACAAGUCGAUAGAUUUUGGUUUGCAGAUUUUUCUGUAACAUACUUUUUCUUGGUAAAUUCAGAAUAGUAGUAGGUGGCCUUUAUGCUCUUCUUUUUUGAUUCAUAGUAGUAGACUAGUAGUUGGCCUUCUUGUUCUCUACUUUUCUAAUUGUUUUUGUUAUAAAAUCAAAGUGACGAUGUAAAUAAGUGUCCUGUAAUAUAUAUAUUUGAUACUGAUC